AUGGUUUCGUUGAAGGCGCAGCGGAAGUCUUCCAAGCUGCAAAAAACCUCAGGCGACUACCACGAGGAAAUGUGCGGGGACCACUACGAAAAGUGGUUCCCCCAGAAGCUGCUUCCACUACUACCACCUGGCAGUGUUAUAGUCAUGGAUAACGCACCUCAUCAUUCUGUGAAGCAGGAAAAAGUGCCGUGUAUGAGUGGCCUAAAGAAGGACAUACAGGCCUGUCUUUCCGAAAAAGGCGUUCUGUGGAGCAGCGACAUGGUGAGGGCGGAGCUCAUGAAGCCUGUCGACAACGAACAGGCAAGCGGGGACCGAUACCGUGUGGACUACAUUGCUCAGGCUGCUGGUCACCUCGUUGUGCGCCUACCUCGCUACCACUGCCAGCUUAUCCACAUAGAGCUUGUUUGA